CGUCUCGGUCGUCUGUAUCUACUUCUUUCGGCUGUACGUCAUGCGCACGACGCUCGCAAAUAUUCCAAAGCACUAUAUCCCGAUCGAGAAGGGCGAGGUGCGCAAGAGCGUCCGAAAGAUGAUCGUCGCAGGUCUGAGCAGGAGCGCCGCGAUCGCCUACGAGAGCAAGCCGCGGGUUGGGGGCGCGAGACUGGCCACAGCGGAUACGCAGGAAGAGAGGGUGGAUGGCGAUGGGGAGAAAAAUCCUGAUAUGCAGGGACGGGCGAGGACGUUCAAGAUCUUUAGGAUGAAGAAGGCGCCUACUGCAGAGGAGAGGAUGGGCAUCACCUUGCCGCCACAUAAGGCUGUGUGGGGCGAGAUUGAACAUUACGGAUGGGCGUCGCCAAACUCUCCGGAUCUGCCGAAUCUACAGUACAGCACCGUUAUCUCAGAGCUGCCGAAUCUGAUCGAGGCUAAGGCCCUGACUCUGGCACCUCUGGCUCCCGAGUCGGAGCCUGCACAGCCUGUUUUGGAUCCGGAGGCCAUCGCUUUGCUGCAGAGGCCCGAAAACUUGCCUCUGCGGCAGUACCUGGCGCAAUUAGCGGAGCUGGGCGUUUUAGCACCCUCACGAGCGACGGCAGAUUUUUUGUCGUCUUACGACUACGCGCGGUACUCAACACGGCCCAUCUCGAACACUCGGUUCCGAGAACUGAUGCACCUCUUCGCCGAGAUCUUGCGCACCAUGGAACCGCUCGACCCAGAGACGCUGCGGGCUCUCAACGGCGCAAAUGACGACGUUGUGUCGUCUGAGAGCGACAUCGACAACGAUGCACCCCGCGAGAGCCCCAGCACGCCACGCAGCCGGAUCAGUCAACCCUCUCUUCGCCGCCAGCAGAGCAACGCCUCACACGCUACGGCCUCCACAUCUAGCAGCUCGCCUAGCGGCGCUUCACAGAUCCGCCGACGGCCGGACAUGACUGUCCGGCACUCCUCGCAGGGCACCUGGGCGGGGACGUAUCGCACCGCUCCGACGACGCCCAAGAGCAGGAGGACGGCAGUGUCGCCAGUGUCUGUAUCGAACUCGAGCCUGAACAGUUUCGCCCAGACACGCCACCCUUACGUAGCUGGUGGUAUCUCGGGGUCGAGCUCGAGCGCAAGCCUCCGUUCUGCAGGCUCGGGCGGCUCCAUCAUCCGUCUCAGCGAGGCGGUCGGGGCGGGUGAGCUCCCCUAUGUUCUUACGCUCGCCGAGACGGGGCAGUGAGGACGAUCGAUUGCCCGUGGGCAGGUGUUUACUACUUUACGAAUUUAAUGACUAGUUGCAUAGCUCGGCGUCGGUGGGUUUCUUUUUCUCCAAGGUUUUGUUUUUUGUACAAAUGAAAGGUCAUGGUAUUGUAUAAUGCUAGAUAGCAGAUAUUCUAUGUGGUUCCCAGC